AUGAACUUCGGAUUAGGAAGCAAGAAGUUUGAAAUCGUCGCAACCUCGCCGGGCAGAGAGGAGGCGGAAUUUGUUUUUCUUUUGAAUUUCUAUGGUGCAAACCGGUUUUUUCUCAAGCCAUUGGCACGAGUAGUCUGGGAAUGGAACGACUGCGAAAAUGUUCUAGGAAAACCUUCUGCACCAAUACCAAGCGAAUUAGAUGUGAACGACGUCAUCCGCUGCUGGGAAACUGGAUCUGAAGAAUCAUCUCGUUUAUUCACGGCGAUCAGACUGAAAAUGAUAUUUUUCUUUGUGUUGCUAAGUCUCUCGUCCGCUCACCAUUCCAAAUCAUCAAUUGUAUGUAAAUUGUACGCAAUGAAUUCUGGACUUGGAAAUUGUAAGAAAGGUCGUCUCCACGUGAAAUCAUUCGAUAUCCAAUUCGAGAUUCAUUGGAACGAUGACACCGAGCCAAUUCUCUCGAUUCUUCCACAUCUGAAACCUGGAGUUCUGGAGAAAAUUCGAAUUAAAAUGGACGUUGACUUCUCCGAUCAGAUGAAAAAAGUGGUGAAAUUGGAGCAAUGGAAGCAGGCGAUCGAAUUGGAUAUGAGAAAGACUCAUUUCGAAAUUCCACUUGAGAAUUUGACUCAUUUCAAACGUUUUUCCGUUUUUAUUCCGAAGAUUACAGAAGAACAAGUAAUUUCGAUCAAGGAGACUCUCUUCAAAUCGACUAACUUCGAAUCGUGUACUCUGAAUUACUACGAAGAUGAGUUGAAUCUCGACUAUAUUCAAUCAAAACUGGGACCAAACAUCCAGGAUGAUAAUGUCACAGGCCAGUCUCUGACCUGUCUCUACUCUCUUUUCCUCGGCUUCUCUCUCGACUGA